AGCAGCACUUGGGCCGUUCCGUCUGUCCGUCCCGCCGUCCGUCCGUCCGUCUGUUGGCAGUGUGUGCGCGCAAGCGAGAUAGAGAAUCGAGCUCAAUUACGCCGCCAAACUGUCGUGUCAGCAACAACGUGAAAUGUGCAAUUCCUGGCUGCUGCUCAUAAUUGCGCUCACUGUUGUCUGCCUGUGGAACUCGCAACAAACCGAAACAUCCAAAUCAUGCCCAGCCGAGUGCAUCUGCUUGUCCCAGACUCAAGUGCUGUGUAACACGGGCGGACUCGAGCAGAUACCGCUGCGCCAGCUGCCGGCAAGCGUUGAGAACCUGGCGCUAACGAAAAACAAUUUCCCAAUCAUCAAGCCGGACUCGUUUUCGGGUCUGCGCGCACUGAAGAAGCUCUCGCUGGACGGCAACAAUAUAACGCGAAUAAAACAGUUCGCGUUUCGCGGUCUGCCCCGGCUGCGUGAGCUAUCCAUACAGUAUACGCCGCUGCAGAUGGUGGCGCAGUUCGCGUUCGCGGGCUUGCAGAAUCUGUCGACCAUAUUGCUCAGCCACAAUCAGAUCCAGCGGAUCGAGGGCAACGCGUUUGCGGGCACCUCGAACAUCAAGCUGAUAUUGUUGAGCAACAAUCCGCUGAUACGAAUCGAGAGUUCGGCCUUCUCCAGCUUGACGAAUGUGGGACAUUUGAUAUUGCCAUCGGGCAUCAGGUGCAUCGAGCCGGACGCCUUCUUUGGCAUGGAUGCGGUCGGGCUGCUCAAGCUGGCCUAUAUGGAUCUGAAGGAGAUAUCGCCGUACACCUUUCGCGGCCUGUCCAAUGUGCUGCUGUUGACGCUGCAGGAAUCCGAUUUGGGCGUCAUCUGUGCCGACGCCUUUACGGGGCUCACCCAGGUGGAGACGCUGCAGAUACUGAACAACAAGAUCGAUUCAAUUGAGGAGCUCAACUUUACAAAUACGGCGGCGAUCAAGCAUCUCAAGUUCCAUGGCAAUCAUGUGCUCGAGACGCCCGAUCCGAAUGCCAUCAUUGUCGAUGGCGUCGAUCAUUUGCAGCUGCUGAACAAUCAUUUCCCCUGCGGCUGUCACAUACACACCCUGCUCGACGGGCCCCUGGCCGAGGGUGCGCACAAUUUGAGCGAUUUUCUGCAGAAGAACUAUUGCAUCUCGCCGCUGGAGGUGAACGGACGGGUGAUGAGCGAACUGGAUAUCGAUGCGAUCGGACGCUGUGCCGAUCAGCUGACCAAGGGCAAUCUCGGCUCCUCGGCGGCCAGCCUGGCGCUCGGCCUCAAUGCCAUGCUCCUCAUCGCCGUUGCCAGCUGUAUCGAGUGGCGAUAUCCGCGCCUCCUCGCCGCCCGGCUAGCCCAGCUGCUCAGCCACAGUCACAUCGCCUGGCAUCGCCGCCGGAAACGCCGACGGCCCAACUAAGCAAAUACACCCAGACACAAGCGGGCCAGAGCAGCAAGGAGCGAACGAGAGAGACAGAGAGAGAGAGAGAGAGAGAGAGAGAGCGAGCUGAAACCCGUUUGUACUGAAAUCUAUUUCCCGCUUAAGAACAAAUGCCAGGCUCCUGGCUAAUCCGGCAGCGAGCUGGCAAAACUGGAGUGCGGCGUCCGGAGUCCGGAAUACGGACUACGGAGUACGGACUACGGAGUACGGAGUGUGCGGAGUCCGGAGUGUGCAACCGGCAACCGAGUGGCGGGUCGGGAAUUAGGGAGAUUUUUGUUAUAAAGUGGGCUUUUGCACACAAUCAAUGCGAACGACUCUAAAUUAUUGUAUCUAACGAAUUUGAAUCUAAUGUGUAAAUCAUAAAUUGGCAAACUGAGAAACCAGAAAUUUGCCCAAAAAUCAUAAUAAAAGUAAAAUAAAUAAAUUGAAACCGAACAAUUAAAAGCGUAUUUAAGCAUAUGUAUGUAUCUAUACCAUAAACUAUAUAUAUAAAUGUACGUAAUAGCGAGGUGGUUUUUUUUGUUUUUUUAUCGUGGGAAGAUAAUAGAGGAACAUUUUUUUUUGCCCUAGUCUGUAGUUGAUAACUAAAUAAAUAAAUACAUAAAUAAAUACAUUUUAUUGGCCAAUUAAUAAAG